GUUUGCCCCAUAUCUCAUUUUGAGUCACUCUUUAAAAAUUGCCCCAUAUCUUAUUUUGAGUCACUCUUUACAAAUUGCCCCGUAUACCGAACAAAAGAGAAUGGAGGGAGUAUAAUGAUAUCGGGUCAAAAAAUAAAAAAUCACGAAGGCUGAGUAACAUUGUGUGGUCUAUAGCAAAGUUGUAAGGCCCAACUCCCAAGGCCCUAAAAAACACAACUGACAAAAGACGAACGAUAGCCAGAUCGACCCUCGCUCUCAACGCUGCCUCAUUGCUGCCGGCACAAUCCUCGCCGGCACCACCGUUGCCGUCGCUUUUCCGGAAAGUCUCUUUUAUCUACUCUGUCAUUGCUUUUAUUUUUUUUUUUAUUUUUUUUGUUUAUAUUCUUCCAUUCGUUACUUCACUGGAAAUUUGCCUUUGUGUUUGAUGAUUAAUGAACAACAAACUAUAGCAUAAUCAACAAAUUUGUGGCAGCAAUUCGUUUAUAAAAUUGUAUAAUCCAGAGACUUUUACCACCAUUUCGUAUUUAUUAAUAUUAUUUCGCGCAGUUGCUAUUUAUCUUCCUUUAUUUUUAAUCAAUUGUUGUUCAAGGUAGUGUAUAAUUGAAGAACCCUUGAAUAAUCGAGGAAAUUGUGACAUUAAUUGAUUACUUGUUUCUCGUUAUUAUAUAGUGUGUUAUGAUUAUUAGUUUGGUAUAUAUAUUAAUACAUGAUUUUGUAAUAGACUAAUUGUUGAUUAAUGAAUGAUUGUUGUUCAUGGUAGCAUGUUUGUUCAUGUAAUCAUGUGUUUUAACAAAUAUCUUUAGUGAUAACUUUUGGUUAAUUCUACCUGCAUUAUUGCAAUAACAGUUUAUUAUCGUAAAUCGCGGUUACACCCUCAUCAAUGGAGUCACUAAUCCUUCAACUUCACGACAUAUCUGCUGUUAAAUUUGACAACUUCAAGCUAAAAUCCGGUAUAGCCUCUCCAGUCUAUAUAGACCUCCGCUUAAUUGUGUCCUACCCUAAACUCCUCUCUCAAAUCUCCCAAACCCUCAUUUCUGCCGUUGGCUCUGCCUCGCCCCCUGCAUCCUUUGAUGUCAUCUGUGGUGUCCCUUACACUGCCCUUCCUAUUGCCACUGGAGUUUCCAUAGCUAACAACAUUCCUAUGCUCAUGCGCCGUAAAGAGGUUAAAUCAUAUGGAACUGGCAAAGCCAUUGAAGGUGUUUUUCGUCCCUCCCAAACUUGCCUCGUUAUUGAAGACCUUGUUACUAGUGGUGCAUCUGUUCUUGAGACAGCUGCUCCAUUGAGAGAUUUUGGCCUCAAGGUUACUGAUGCUGUUGUUUUGAUUGAUAGGGAACAGGGAGGAAGAGAGAAUUUGGCAGAAAAUGGCAUAAGAUUGCACUCCUUGUUGAAGCUGAGUGAGAUGGUUGGAGUUUUGAGGAGGUUGGGUAAGGUGGAAAAAGAAACAGAGAAUAUGGUGUUGAAGUUUAUCAGGGAUAAUAAGGUUUCUGUGCCAAAUUUGGGAAAAGAGAGAGUCGGGGGAUCACACAUGGCCUACGGGGAGAGGGCCAAGUUAGCUAAAAAUGAAACUGGUAGGAGAUUGUUUGAGAUAAUGGUAAACAAGAAGACGAAUUUGUGCUUGGCUGCUGAUGUUGGUACAGCUGCUGAGUUACUAGACCUGGCUGAUAAGGUAGGACCAGAAAUCUGCUUGCUGAAAACUCAUGUUGAUAUAUUGCCUGAUUUCACCCCAGACUUUGGUACAAAACUUCGAUCGAUUGCAGACAAGCACAAUUUUCUUAUUUUUGAAGAUCGUAAAUUUGCUGACAUUGGCAACACUGUAACUAUGCAAUAUGAAGGGGGUGUUUAUCACAUUUUGGAUUGGGCUGACAUUGUCAAUGCUCACAUUAUAUCUGGCCCUGGGAUUGUGGAUGGUCUAAAAUUGAAGGGCUUGCCUCGUGGCAGGGGGCUCUUGCUGUUGGCUGAAAUGAGCUCUGCUGGUAACCUUGCUAGAGGAGAUUACACAGCAGCAGCGGCAAAGAUCGCUGAGGAUCACUCAGAUUUUGUCAUAGGUUUCAUCUCGGUUAAUCCAGCAUCUUGGAAAUGUGGACUCGUCAACCCAGCCCUUAUUCAUGCUACACCUGGAGUUCAAAUGGUGAUUGGUGGUGAUGCCCUUGGACAGCAGUACAACACUCCGUAUUCAGUUAUUUAUGAUAGAGGUAGUGACAUAAUAAUUGUUGGUCGUGGGAUCACUAAAGCAGCGAAUCCCAGAGAGGCUGCUUGUGAAUAUCGGUGUCAAGGAUGGAAUGCAUAUUUGGCCAAUGCACAUGAGAUAAACAGCACCAAAAAAGAGGAUCUGGACUGGUAAAUGUGAGAUUUUGAGCGUUGAAGUGGAUGGAGUUUGGAAAAGGAGAAGUAAAAGGGAGAGGCUGGAAAUCUAGUAUUGGCUGGGUGGUUGAAGAAAAGGGAAGUAAACUUGAACUUUUGUAGGGUCAGAAAGAGUAUUUUGUCUUCCUCCAUUGCAGACUGAAAUGAAGGCCAUCUUAAAAAGAAUGAAAGAUGCUGCAGGUUUAAUAAAAGAAGUGGUAGUUCGAAUCAACUCGUAGGAAGCAAUAAGAGCACUCAAAUCAAAUUACCCCCAAAAGCUGAUGAACCAAUAAUACGCUUAGUGACAGAGUUAGAAGACUUGCUUAUUCUUCUGGUUGUUUCUGCUGCUCAAAAGUAAUAAGCUGUUAUGGCUGAUGAACCAACAAGCUCAAUCUAGUGAUUAUGACUAGAGAACGGGAGUUAGUUGUCUCGCUUUUUCAUGUGUUGUCCCCGAAAGAAAUAAAGAAUCCAAAUGUAAUCAGUUUGGUUUGUGUGCAUAUGUCUCAUUGUGACGAUUCGAUUACCAAUUUACCAUCAUGAAGUAUUUACUUAUGAAAAAUCAGGUAGUAAUACUACAUUUUAUGAAAUUGGAUACAUUUUGUUGCUACGUCACAGAAUUAAAUGUUGUAAGCUGCAAUUAGUGAUUAAAAUUUCAAUUCUUUGAAUUUAAGGAGUUGGAUGUAAACAUGGAUUGUAUAGUUUCAAGUUCUUAAUCAUCGGGCAUGUCUUUGUCCAAAUAUUCGUUUCCAAAUGCUAAAACUUUCCUUGUCAUUA